CGGCGGCGGCGGAACGCGAUAAGCUGGUCGGCGUUCGCAGGCGGCGUCUCGCUCUCCGGCGCUGCCGUUUGUCCGCGGCCUGCUGCAGCUUGCACUUAGCUGGUCCGACCAAACUCCUCACAAGCCACCAUGCUGCGUUUGCUGCUGCUCUGCGCGUGCUUGGGAGCCCUGGAGGCCGCCGCCGUUGAGGUCCACGAAACCAGCAAGAGCACCGGCGGCAACUCCUCUCCAAUCAGUCUGCUGCUCGAGAACUCCAAGGCCAACGGAAUUCAGAUGUUCAUAGGGAACGUCGCCGUAGGGACGCCUCCCCAGGUCAUGUCGGCAGUCUUCGACACACAACACGCCCUCAGUUAUUUCCCGUCCAUCAAAUGCGAAGAUCCGGGAUGCAAGAUGCGCAAGCGGUAUGACUCAUCGAUAUCAUCUACCUACAAGGAGGACGGCACACCGUUCACCCUACCCGGCCAGAACAUCAGCGGAUUCCUGUCCACGGACUCGCUGCACGUAGCCGGCAACACCGUCGCCUCCCAGACGUUCGGCGAGGGGACCUCCGACAACAACACCUUUGACCAGAUGACACGGAAUGACGGCACGCUUGGCCUCGGCUUCGGUAACGACACCCUGCUGACGAGCAUGGUGAACCAGGGCCUCAUCCCGGAGCAGGUGUUCGGGCUCUGGCUGGGCCGCGACCCGCAGGGCGGCGAGCUCAGCCUCGGCGCCGUCAACAAGGACCUGUACAGCGGCGAGAUGACCUGGGCCAACAUUGUGAAUUCCGCUGCCUCCUGGACGGUGAUGGCGGAUAGCAUCGCGCUCGACGGCCACCCGGAGGCGGCGCUCUGCCCGGACGGCUGCAGCGUCAUCAUGGCCUCCACCACGCCCUACUUCAUGGUGUCCCUUGAGCGCGCGAAGGCGAUCAGCGACAUCCUGGGCGGCACAGCGGUGCCAAACACGCCCGGCUUCUACUUCUUGGACUGCGCCACGCUGAGCGGCCUGCCCACCAUGCAGAUAAAGAUCGGAGGGCGCAUGAUGGAGAUGACGCCGCAGCAGUACACGUUCGUCCUGACUUUUGGCGGCCAGCAGCUAUGCGCCUCCGGCUUCUUCGGCCUUCCGGCGCUUACUGACCAGUGGCUCUUCGGCACCCUCUUUAUGCAGCAGUUCUACACGGCCUACGACGUGGAGAAUGGGCGUGUUGGAUUUGCUGAUAGUGUCUAAGCCGGCUUGAGCCUAGUUCUGGUGAUGCCUGUUGACGGGGUGGUCGACUUGUUUCUCUCAGAAACAUCGGCGAGUUGCAUGCCUAGCCGAGCUUGUUAGCCGUCUGUAUCACUCGUGUGGUUCAUGUAACGCCGUCCGAAAAACUGUCAACGUGCGUCUCGCUGUUUUUGUCACUGGCUGUCCGAACGUCGGAGCAGUUGGACGUUAGAUGGCCCGACUGUGCGUUGCAUGAAAUUGACACAAAACUGCCUGCAAAAAGGAACAACAGGACGGAAAAUAAAGCAUGUGCGCAGAUGACCUAUGCUUGCACUCGCCUUCUUAUCUCAAUGCUCGUUGGAUAAGGAUGGAAUAUAUGUUAAACAAUG